UAUUGUACUCUGCUGAAAUAGUAAAAUUUGUAUUAUUUUUAAGAAGUGUGUCUAGGAAAAUAUUGCCUGGUCGUUGUGUACAGACAUUUAGGACCGGGAAAACCUUCAUCAAGCGACGUGUAAGGAUGUCGCUGGUGGAUUUGGGCAAGCGGCUGCUGGAGGCUGCUAGAAAGGGACAGGAUGAUGAGGUCAGGACCCUAAUGGCCAACGGUGCCCCCUUCACCACCGACUGGUUGGGGACCUCACCCCUGCACCUGGCUGCCCAGUAUGGACAUUACUCCACCGCUGAGGUCCUCCUGAGGGCAGGUGUCAGCAGAGAUGCCCGAACAAAAGUGGACAGGACACCCCUGCAUAUGGCUGCCACAGAGGGCCACACCGUCAUUGUGGAGCUUCUGAUUAGGAGUGGAGCAGAUAUCAAUGCCAAAGACAUGCUGAAGAUGACGGCUCUCCACUGGGCCGCUCAACACGGCCAUCCCAAAGUGGCGGAGCUUCUACUGAAGCACGGUGCCGACGCCCAUGCCCUCAGCAAGUUUGACAAGACGCCUUUUGACAUCGCCGUGGACAUCCAACAUCCUGAACUUAUGCACUUACUACAGGAGAGUAUGCAGAACCAGGUGAAUAUGAAUGCAGAAACAGCCGUUACGAGUGUUACCGCCACUCCACAGUUUAUUAUCCAGGGCAUCCCGGGAAUUCAGGGGAGUGUAGUAAACAUAGCUGACCUCAUCAAGACCACCUCAGGUGAAACAGAAGAAGCCAUCGCGGCAAGUGCGUUGGACCCGGGCAUCCAGCAGGUGAUGAGCGAUGGAAGUCAAAGGGUCAUCACCAUAGUAACAGAUCAGCACGGCAACCUCCAAACAGGCGGGCUCGGCCAGUCGUUCUUUGUCACGAUGCCACACGGUCAGCAAGUGUUGGCAGUGCCAGCGAACCAGGUCACAGAGGAGGUGGUAGAGGAAGAGUUUGAGCCCCCUCCCGCACGCAAGAGGAAGAUCGAAGUCUCGUCCAAUCACACGGAAGCUGAGGACACAGAGCUUCUACAGCGGCAGUUGCAGGAGGCGAACCGGAAGGCUCAGGAAUACCGUCAGCAGCUCCUGCGUAAGGAACAGGAGGCUGAGCAGUACCGCAUGAAGCUGGAGGCCAUCGGGCAGAGCCAGACAAACGGAACCGCACCCCUGGGCCAGGAUGUGGUGCUGCAGGAGGAGGUCGCCUUGGAGGAACAAACCCAGAUGGAGGGAGGCGAAGAGGUUGUGCUCCUCUCCGAAGAUGGCAUCGUCAUCAAAUCGGAGGAAAUGGACUCCAUAGAGGAGCAGGUAACACUAGAGGAGACCACCACCGCUCAUACGGAAGCGAUUUCAUAACGGACACGGAGAACAUGGGACUUCAACAGUAAUGUGACUCA